AGUGAUGUCACUAAAAGGCAAGGUUCUAAUGUUGUGUUGCCAUAGACUCCGGAGUUUACUUUUAAAGCUCACUUACAGAACUGACUUAUACAGCUUAGUUAGAAAAGUCAAGCAUCCAGACAUUUGAAGGACUAUUCACUCAUUAAGGUCACAUUUUCUAUUUUAAAAGCUCUCAAAAAAUUAAGAUGAAAAAGGAAACAAGAAAAGUUACGACUGAGGCAGAUAAGAAAGAUCCAGGAGAUCAAAAUUGUAAGAGCAGGAUGGCUAAAAGAAAGGCCAGUCCUGAAAAAACGACCCCCAUAAAAAGAAGGAGGGUCACUGAGCAGGCUGGUCCUUCCACCAGCUCAGAUGCUCAUGUGGUCGGGGAGUAAGCGAAAGGUCCAACAAGAUGAAGCGGGGACAGCCAACACAGCAAAGAAGCGUAAACUUCUUGACCAUGUGAGCGGUGACAAGGGGCAGGCAUCUUCCUGGUUGGACACUGGUAAAGACUGCAGCAUAGAGAUUUCAGAGAGCUGCAGUAAAAACAAAAAGGCUGGCAAAAGGAAAGCUGCGGGAGACACCAGGGACCCACCUAAGAAAAAGAACGUGGACCAGGACAAAACCAAAACCGUUGCCAAAAAGUCAGUGGCUGAACAGAAACGUGACUUCCAAGCGAGAUACGUGGAGGAGCACCGGCUUGGAGAAGGAGGAUGCGGAGCAGUGUUUGCUGGCUACCGCAUAAAGGAUCAUUUACCAGUGGCCAUCAAACACAUCCCAAAGGGGAAAGUGUACUGCAAAGUGAAGGAUGAUAACGGGAAGAAUGUGUCAGUGGAAGUUGCCAUCAUGCUGAAGCUUGCAGCUGAAGCAGAUGGAUCAGUGGAAACAUCAGCCCCAGUGUCUCUGUUGGAGUGGUUUGACUUUGGCAGAGAGCUGAUCCUGGUGAUGGAGAGACCUGUCCCCGCUGUGGACCUGGAUAAAUACAUAGAAGAAAAUGGAGGAUUUUUGCCAGAGGACAAGGCCAAGGUCAUUCUGAAGCAGCUGGUUGAUGCUGCGAAGCACCUGGAGGAUAAACACAUCUUUCACCGGGACAUCAAGAGUGAGAACAUUCUAAUUGAGACCGGCUCAGAUGUACCGCGUGUUCGUAUCAUCGACUUUGGACUGAGCUGCUUUGUUAAGGAGCAGUCGCAGUACCGCGUCUUCUAUGGUACAGAAAUUUACUCCCCUCCCGAGUGGUACGGGCGCAGUUGCUACAGGUGUGGACCCACCACGGUAUGGCAAAUGGGAGUGGUUCUGUACGAAGCGCUUCAUGCCGGGGACUUUAACACCACGAGCUUCCUCAAAAAGCGCCUGAAAUUCAAAAGACAUCUGUCCAAAAACUGCCGGGAUUUCUUGGACGCGUGUUUAACCAAAGUCCCGGAGACGCGGCCGACGCUGGAGGAGCUACAGCAUCACACUUGGCUGAGAUAAGCCUAUCACACACACACACAAACACACACAAUUCAGACGUUAUCAUUUAUGUGUGAUGUAUGAAUUACCUUUCUUUUUUUCAGGAAAUAAUUUUUUUAAUUGGCCCACUUUAAAUUUCAGUGUUUUGGAAUUCCUGUAACCCCCCCAGCCAUCCCAGGAAAGGGGAUCUCUCUUUGAAUGGGCUUUCCCGAGGUUUCUUCCCGUCAAUCUGGCCCCCCCAGGGGAGUUUUUCCUCGUCUUCAUAGAGAGCUUGGGCUGGGUCAGGAGCUCCAUCAAAACUGUCUUUAUUUAAUUACUCUAAUGUAAUCAUAUACUUUAAAGUAAUCAAAUAAAAGACAGUAAAAAUCUGAAGACUUGAAGUAAACUUCCAUUAAAAUAAAACUUGUUUAAUUCA